CUCUCGAGUUAACUAGGUGGACCCCAGUUGAGCGUCUCUCCGUUAGCGUCACUCCAGCAGCAACCUGCCCGCGGUAGAGGCCGUUUUUUGUUUUUUUGUUUUUUGUUUUUUUCUGCUCAUAUUAGGCCCAGGCCCGCCUCGCCGGCCGCAAGACAGUCUCGGAGGUCCUAUCCAUUUACUUUGGGUCCCUGACGGCGAGCGGCGGCGGCAGACACCAAGGUUUGGCUUCAGCAUCGACUGCUGACGCCACUACUUGUUCAAGCACCAUGCUGUUUACUUCAAUGUCAAAUGCUUCUACUUCUGCGGCUGCUACUGGGCUCUCUUUUGGUGCUCCAACAACUUCGACUGGAACAUUUGGUGGCAUAACUUUGGGAUUUGGAUUAAAAUUCCCUGGAGCAGGUGGAGCAGCUCAUACUGCUUCUACUACAACAUCAACAACGACCACCACCACUGUCACGACCACCACCACUACUACCACAACCACCAGUGGAUUUACCUUGAACCUAAGGUCACUGACAUCAUCUGGGAUUAAUAACAUUGUUCCAGUCGGUAUUAAUUCCCUACCAUUUACUUCGACUGUUAAUGCAAUUGUAACUCCCGUAAUGACAUACGGUCAGCUGGAGGGUCUGAUAAACAAAUGGAACCUUGAUUUAGAGGAUCAAGAGAGGUACUUUCUUCACCAGGCCACUCAGGUCAAUGCUUGGGACCGUACAUUGAUUGAAAAUGGUGAGAAGAUUACUACUUUACAUGGAGAAGUGGAAAAAGUGAAACUGGAUCAGCAGAGGCUGGAACAAGAAUUGGAUUUUAUCCUGUCACAGCAGAAGGAACUGGAAGAUCUCUUGACCCCUUUAGAGGAGUUUGUGAAGGACCAGAGUGGGUCUGCUUAUCUGCAGCAUGCAGAUCAGGAGCAUGGAAAGACUUAUAAAUUAGCAGAAAAUAUAGAUGCUCAGCUGAAACGAAUGGCCCAAGAUCUCAAGGACAUUAUUGAGCACCUGAAUACAUUUGGAAGUCCUGCUGACACUACUGACCCGCUUCAGCAGAUCUGCAAGAUCCUGAAUGCUCAUAUGGACUCUCUACAGUGGAUUAAUCGGAAUUCAGGCAUGCUGCAAAGGAAAGUAGAAGAGGUAACACAGGUUUUUGAGGAUCAUCGUCGCACAGAGCAAGAACACAAUAUCAGAAUUGCUUUUGAUUGAAUGACCGUAUCUUCAGCAUGUUGUUUUGGGAUUAUACAUUAUCUACAAAUUGUGGUGGUGUGAAAUAGAGUAGUAUUCACAGUUAACUACUUAAUCUUUGGUUGCAAUGAAGUUUGCACGUGGUUUUUUUUUUUUUUUUUUCCAUUUAAAUAUUGUGCUGUUGAGAAUUAAACUGUAAUUUGGCUUGUAGUAUUAGCAGAUCAUAACUAUGUUGGCCCUUUUGGCUCUAGGCAGCAACCUAUUAGAUAUUGACUCCGUGUGUGUAAUUCGUAUCUUAAACUCUCCUAGAUUCCAUAUUCUACCAGCAGCACACAUUGUCCUUCUUCCUUUAAACGGAUCAUCGAGAAAUGUUUGCCAAGAAAUAGAUGCCAGCCAGCCUUUACUGGGUCCCUGUUAACUUUCAACAUAUAGUGCUAGAUACUGUAGUCUUUUUCCUCAAAGGAACUUACUGUCUAGUUUGAGAUAUAAUUAAUGCCUGUCUGUAUGAAAACAGUAUAGAUAAUACAAAGAAGUGUGUUAUAAAUUACAGAAAGUGUUCUGUAGAAAUUCAGAGAAGAAGAAACAUUAGAGCGGAUUUAGGUCUUAGGUUAUUUUUAAAAGGGUAAGGUUCAGGCAAUUCAUUUAUUUUUGAUGUACAGAUAACCUGGUAUUUUAUUUGGUUUUAGCAUAUGACUUAUAGUUGCUGGCUUUUGUGUAUUUGUUUGUUUUUCAAGAAAAAGCCUUGUUCUUAGCUUGGGAACAGUCUGAUCUCUUGUGUUGCAUGUUUUACCUAAGUCAUAAAUA